CCGUGUUCAUGCCGGUCGAAAAAGAGUCAUUCACACCGACCCCACUGCCAAUUCCGUGUCUCUACAGCCUUGUUGGUCGAAGCACUUCAACACCUCUUCUUCCAGUUGAAAUUUAGUGUACAGAGUUUGGUGUCCAUGGCUAUGUAUGAUGAAGAUAUUUCGAGAAACCCUUUCUAUUUAGCCCUUCAGAAACAGAAGCCUGAUGCCUCCAACCGUGUAGCAGAAGUACAUGGGAUUGUAUUGGUACCAUGCAAAGCUAGCUUGUCACGAGGCAGCCUGACUGCUGCCCACUUUGAAUCUUAUAUCCUGCAUCCUGUUGAUGAAGCUGGUAGUAGUUACCAGACGUUAAAUGGAAAAGAAGUAACCAUCAGAGGAAACUUAAUUAGUCUGGGUGUUGGUUUUAGCUCACCAUGCGCAAUACGUAUCCUUUUUGAAGAAACUUUCUACAAUGAGAAAGAAGAAAGUUUUAGUAUACUAUGUAUUGCCCGACCAUUAGAAGAGAAUUCCUGUCCAGAAGAAAAUCCCUCACCUUUCGAUUCCUACUGCCUAAAAAACUUUGAGGAUGCCAAAGAAUUUUUAGGUCGACAGUUAUUUAAAGUUGAUAAGUACAUUGGUGCUUUCCGAAAUUCCUUUAAAGAGCUUGAAAUGAAAAGUCUACGGCACCAUAUAGAUGAAGUAAAUGCCCUCUAUACAAAAUGCCUUCAGUAUCUUCUGAGAGACUCGAGAUUGAAAAUCUUGAUCAAGCAGGAGGUGCAAAUGGCCUUGCUGAAACAAGCUGUUGAAAUGUAUGUACUGCAUGGUAUCCAUGAUCAGAUUUUUAAGAGUGUCGGAACUAUCGAGGCCAGUCAGGAUGCUGCUUUUAAUAAAACCACCCGAAGUUUACAAGAUCUUCAACUGAAAGAUUUAGGAAUCAAGUCACAAUUCAGUAUAAAUAUACCUCGUGCCAAACGGGAGUUGAGUCAGCUGAACCAGUGCACUAGUCCACAACACAAACUGAUCUGCUUACGAAAUGUAAUACAUGUGAUCAUGCAGUCCCCAAGUCAAAGAGUUAAUAAACAUUUUAUGUCUGCUGAUGAUCUGCUCCCUGUUCUGCUUUAUUUACUGGUGAAAACAGAAAUCCCUAACUGGAUGGCUAAUCUCAGUUAUAUCAACAAUUUUCGAUUUUGCAGUCCAGUUAAGGAUGAGCUGGGAUACUGUUUAACUUCCUUUGAGGCCGCAGUAGAGUACAUUCAUCAGGGCAACCUGACUUUUGGUCAAUCUGGAUCAGGAGAACUAAAUGAUAAAGCAUUUUUUAGAGAAAGAAUGAACUUGCUGUACCAACCGUCAUCAACUCCAAUUGAUAUUUUGUUUGAGCACAUUGCAGCUGGUAAUCAGGCAGAAGUAGAAGCACUGUUAAGUGAAGGUGAACCUAGUGAAGACAGUGUUCAAAAGAUGUGUCAUCCCCUCUGCUUCUGUGAUAGUUGUGAAAAGCUUGUGUCAGGUAGGAUGAAUGACCCAUCUAUUGUCACUCCAUCUUCCAGAGAUGACCGGGGUUACACACCAUUACAUGUAGCUGCUUUCUGUGGCCAACCAAUGAUGAUUGAUGUGUUGGUGUCAAAAGGAGGUGCAGUUAAUGCUACAGACUAUCAUGGAUCCACCCCACUUCACCUGUCCUGUCAGAAAGGGUAUCAGAAUGUCACUUUGCUGCUUCUGGAUUACAAGGCCAGCACUGAGGUACAGGAUAAUAAUGGAAAUACAGCACUUCAUUUGGCUUGUAUGCAUGGUCAUGAAGAUUGUGUCAAAGCUCUGGUAUAUUACCAAUUAUAUACCUGUGACUUAAACAUGACAAAUGACAAAGGUGAUACACCUCUCCACAUUGCAGCUCGUUGGGGUUAUGAUGGUAUCAUUCAGGUUCUACUGGAGAAUGGAGCUAAUACUGAAAUUCAGAACAAGAUGAAAGAAACACCAUUGCAUUGUGCACUCAAUUCUAAGAUAUUAGAGUUGCUGGAAAUUACCUUCAUUAAUACUGACAGACGACAGAGCAAGCAAGAGUCUAUCAGCAGAUCGCCUCAGUCUUCCACAGAUGCUGGUAGUCAGAAGUCUACUAUUUCCACUCCAUCAUCUGUAUCAUUUGAGAUGAAGCAAGAGGAGGAGAAAGGAAAGUACAAGGAGGUGGAAAAGUUAUUGCGAGCUGUGGCUGAUGGAGAUGUAGAAAUGGUACGAUAUCUGUUAGAAUGGGUGGAUGAAGAUCCAGAGGAGGAGGAUGGACUUGUGUUGAAACCAGAAUUCUGCCACCCUUUAUGUCGGUGUCCAAAGUGUGAACCUGCACAGAAGAAACUUUCCAGUGUUACUGUAAAUGGAUUGGGUGUGAAUUCUGCCAACCAGGAUGGGUUUACUCCAUUACAUGUGGCAGCUCUCCAUGGACAUUUUGACUUGGUUUCACUACUGCUACGCCAUGGUGCCAGUGUAAACAUAAAAAAUUCCUAUAAUUCAACCCCACUCCACCUGGCUUGUCAACACACUGACGUACAGAUAGUAAAAUACUUGCUGAAUUAUAAUGCAAAAUUGAAUAAGAAAGAUCUGUAUGGUAAUACGCCAUUGCUACAUGCCUGCCUUCGAGGCUAUUUGGAAAUUGCUGAGUUGCUGCUGGAGCAUGGUGCUUCUGUCAAUGUUGCCAACAACCAAGGAAAUACUGCUCUGCAUGAGGCUGUAAAGGGAAAGUAUGAAUCUCUUGUCCAUCUGCUUGUGUGCAAUGGAGCAUCAGUCAAUUUGCGAAAUAAACAACAGCGUACACCAGUGGACUUCGCAGAAGCAGUCGGUGGAAAGAAUGUGGAGAUUCUGAAGAUUCUAGAAACUGUACCUGCUCAAGUAGUGGAAGUAGACAACGUAUUCGGAGUAAAUGCUGUUCGAAAACCAGUGCCUGCAAAUUUCAAAAAGAAAUCUGAUGCACUUAAGAAGCUAGAAGCAACCGAUGAAUCAAACAGUAAAAGAAUACAGCUUGCACAGUCCAUACAUCAAUUUGACAAAUCCAGGAAUUUAAGAAAGACUGUUACAAGAGAUAAAAGUAUCCCUAAAUUUGAUGAACAAUUAAUCCAUCAGUUGGCAAUCAAGACUUUUGACAAAAGAACAUUGAAACAAAUCGAAACACAAGAUCACAGUGGAUCAUCACUUUCUAUUUCUGAAGUUGAACUUGAAACUGGGAGACAAAGGCUAACUACGACUAUUAGCAAGACUGAUUACCCAGGCAAGAGACACACAAGUUUACCUGAUAAACUGGAUGACAUUAAUGGCAACAAUGAAUUUAUGGAAAAGUUUGGAGAAUUUUGUAAUCAUUCAGACUUUGAAACGACUAGAGAUGCAAAGCUAGGCAACCACAACAAUUCAAGUUUUCCUGAAAUUAAAAAGUAAGAGGUACUUCAAAACAAAAACACGAUAAGGCAUCUAACAUGUUGUUGAUUUCAGCAGUAUCCAAAAGAAGGAAUGCACCUUCUGGUAUCUACUUCAAUCUUCUAACCACUUCAAAACUGAUGCCUUGGAUGAAGAUCAACACAAUUCAAGGAAACACUUCCACUGUGAGGUCACAAAGGGAAAAGCACUUAAGACCAAAAGGGUAAAGGUAUUGCAGUAGCAAUAUUUUAUUUUGCACUUGAAUAGGGAAAUGGAGCUUCAUCAAUAAGCUGCUAAGUAGUAUUCCAUGCUCUCUGUAUUGUGUAUAUAAAAAAAAUAAUUCACUCCCCAUUAUUGAUAGUGUUUUUAACGUUAAGACUUGAACCUAUCAAAAAUGUAUUUUUUAAAACUUGCCAAUCUUCCUGUAGAGCUUGUUUCUCUUGGUGUCUGUGUUUUUUGAAGGGAACUUUCUAUAACAAUGUGUGCCUUAUAUUUAAUUUAUAAAUGUGCGUAAGCAAUGUGGCUUCUUAAGAAAUUACAUAUUCAAAAAUAAAAUUUAAAUUUUUACUUCCUCUCCUUCUGGUGAGGCUUUAAGGAUAGGCAGUGAAAGUCAAGUCUAAGCUAUUGAUAGGAACCCAUGUAUCAUAAAUUCAGGUUACUUCUCUAUAGACCCAUUAGUUUUGACCCUUUAAAUGGUGUUAAAAUGCGAAUGAUUCACUUUAUCACAAUUUUAUAACGCACAGUAUAUAAAAUUCCAGCUGCAAGUUGGGUUUUAGAACGUUUCACAUGUUAUUGGCACGUUAUAAUUUAUCAUGGUAUAUUUGUAAAUGUCUCAAUGCAGAAGAUUUCACCUUUAAUGAGAUUGUUCAUAUUUCUACUGUUUAUACAGUUACCUAGGUUUUAAAGAAAUGGAUUUAACUAAAGUGUUCAAAAAUCAAAGGAAAAGCAUUGUUUUUAAAAAGGAAGAUAUAGCCUCUAUAAGGUCUUUUGUGCUAGAUGUUUAAGAAAAUCCUGCUAUCAUUUGGUAACUAUAGACCAAAAUUCCAUUUGAAAUGAAUUAUUUUUACAACCUUCCAAUCAGCAAUCAAAAGUAAUGAUUACCUCUAAGUAGUCAUCAUUGCUUAAUUAGCUGUGAUGUCACCAUAGGAUUUAGCUGGGUAUCUACUAAAAAUUGCUGGAGAAAAAAGAAUCCCAAACAUGGUAAUGCUCAAAAUGGCAGUGCAACUCAAAACAAAAUGGAACCAUUGAGAAAGUAUUUUUGGUUAUGGGAAUACUUAGAGAUCUGCUAAGCGUUUUGGUUAACACUGACAACCUUUCAGUUUAUCACUUCCCAAUCUUCCUUUCGUAAUGCAACAUUUCUCUCUAUUGAACUGCUUUCGCUAUUUGUCCUCCCACUUCAUCAAACUUGUGCUGUCCCGAAGUCCGUUACUAUUCUACGUCACCUAAUUUUAGUAUUAUUGCAUUUGUACACUUUGAUAUGACUUUAACUUGGAUAUAAAGGGCAUAAUUUCAAAGUGAGUACUUGUUGCCCAAGGAGCUAGUAUUCAUACAUCAGCAGAUAAUACCCUCCAGAAUGGGAAAAAAAAUAAUUCACUUUAGUGUUUUGCUUUCCUUUGCCUAGCUAGUUUCAAAUGCAUGCUCCCACUACCUCUUUAAUACUUGGGACUUCAAUGUUGCCAGCAUCUGCAAAAAGCAGUUUGCUUCACCUCAUAUCAAAUACACUACCUUAAACAUUCUUCUUCAUUGUCAAACAUGAUCAAGCUUUAUUAACCUCUAAUUUUCCAAGUGACAAAUUUCUAUUUUUGCAUCACUGAUGUUAGGCUGUUUAAACAUGGCAUCAUUGGGUAGUCUUUUUGUAUAAUAUGAUACAAAAAAUACAACCUUUGCAUCUAGCAACACUCCCAGAGCCAGGAAGGAUUGGACUUUGCAUCCUAUUCAGAACGGGGGAUAUUUCUAUUUUCCACUCCACCAGUCUUUUAAAUCUUUAUUUUUUGUCCUAUUCAAUUUCUGUACUGUCUCCUCCUUUGCUGAUAUUUGCAAAUGCAUAGUGUCAACAGCCAAAGAACCUAGGUGUGCUUCUAUCCAAAUCACUGAAAGCCAACCUGCAAGUAGGGAGAUAAAUGAUAAGUUAGACGUUAUUAUGAGAGGGUGUGAUUGUAAGGCAAGGAAGUCUAUGAGACUUUACCUGAGAGGAUGUACUUGCAUUAGAGGGAGUGCAGUGUAGACUUGCAAAACUGGUUUCUGGGAAUGGUGGUAAAAAAGCAAAAAUCAACCUGCUGGAGGACUUCAGUGGAUAGAGCAGCAUCUGUGUGUGUGGCAGGGGUGGUGGUGGGAAUUGUCCAUGUUCUUGGUUGAGACCCUGCAUCAGGACUAAGGUCUCAACCUGGAAUGUUGACAAUUCCUUUCUUCCCCCCUACAGAUACUGCUCAAUUCGCUGAGCUCCUCCAGCAGUUUGUUUUUUGCUCCAGCUUUCAGCACCUGCAGUCUCCAGGAAUGGUGGAUUUGCUGUACGAGUGAUUGGUACUGUUUUCUUUAAGGAGAUCUCAUUGAAACUUACAAACUUUAAAACACUUGAGGCUAGAUACUUACCCUGGUUGAGAAGGAGAAAUUUCUUUACUUAGAUCUUCCACAGCUUUCUGGGGUAGAGAAUUCCAAAGGUUCACCAUGCUCUGUUACUGUACUCUGUUAAAACAGAUCAAUAGAUUUCUGGAUGUUUUCCCCUUAGUGCUUGAAAUGGCACUUAUGGAAACUCAGCUAUAAUGGAACAGGCUCAGAUGAUCUAUUCCUUCCUAUUUCUUAUGUUACUUAAUCUGUUUAUUUACAGAGAUGGUUGUAAUGG